CUUGAUUGUAAUGUUCUCCUCCUUUCUUGACAAAAUCAAAAGCCGAAGAGAUUUCUUCCCGAGGUUGAUUCAUUCAUGGCUACCGCUACGGCGACGGAGGAGUUGCCUCUGGAAACCCUCUCACUGGAAGAAAAUCAGCAGCGCAGGCCAAGGAAGGAUUCUGAUUCUCGGAAGAUGGAAGUGCAGGCCUGGAUGCGUGAUGAGAGAGAGUCUUUGCAUCUAGAUGAGUAUAUGUUCACCGACCGUAAUGAGUUGGAUGGUGAGGCCAAGAAGCUUCGCGAGCUUAGAAAUGAGGUGUUGAAGAUGCUGUCUGAAGAAACUGAAGAUAUGGACUCCGAGAGCUGGGCUGAAUCAUCUGGGCUCAACGAGAAGUCUACCGAUGCCCCUUCCUCGCCGGGAAACUGAGGAUUUCUCUGUAUCUGAUGAUCACCGCUUGAGGUUGAUUCAUAUAAUGGCUACCGCUAGGGCAACCGCUACGGCGGCGGAGGAGCUGUCUAUGGAACCCCUGUCUCUGGAAGAGAAACAGCAGGGGAUGCGAAGGAGGAAGGAUCAUGAUUCGUGGAAGAAGAUUGCGCCGGUGGUGUACACGAAGAUGGAAGCGGAGGCCUUGAUGCUGAUAUGAGAGAGAAUCAGCAUCUAGAUGCGGAUAUGUUCGCCGACGAGAAUGAUUUCGAUGGUGAGGCCGCCAAGAAGGAACGCGAGCAUAAAUUUAAGCUGGAAAAGCUGAUCUCUGCACAGUCUGCAGUUAUGGCCUCCCCGAGCUGGGCUGAAUCAUCUGGGCACAACAAGUUGCUUGAUUACUACAUGAACGAGUCUACCGGUGCCCCUUCCUCGCCACAAAACUGAGGAGGAGGAAGAGGAGGAGGAGGAGGAGGAGUUCUCUGCAUCUGGUUUGCUUGCUUGCUUUGUUAGCUUUCGUGAGAUUAUGUUGGUUCUGUGAAUGAGUUUGCUUGCUUUUGAAGCACCUGCAUUUUGAAGUUGUGAUCUUUCAUGAUCAGGCCUCCUCUGAUCUUUCAUGAUCUCCGGAUUCUGUUACCUCUGUUGCUAGCACUGCCUAGAUGAUGUCGUUGUUGAUGAAGAUUAUGGGUAGGAAGAACAGUUCCUUUAUGGUUCUAUUCAGAAGUCUUGAGUCUAUCUCUAUCUCUUAGCUUCCUGAGUCUGAUUGAAUGCAUUGUUCAGAUAAGAUUGGAAUUCCCCUGAAAGGGGAAGUUUAGAAACUUCAAAGCAAAGGGCAUUUUCAAUCUCUCCAAUCUGUGGCUUUGUGAUGCUUGCUGCCACUGUGUACACAUGUCUUGGUGGAUUGUUGUAGGUUAGGAAUUUAGAAGAAAAAACAGAGAAAGGUGAAUUGUCUAAUGGGAUAAGUGAACUUGAUGAUUGUUCCAA